CUCCAUCGCCCUGUUUCUUUCUCCCUCUCCUCUCACGGCCUCUCCCGAAUCCAAAGCUCCAAACUGAACCCCCCACAAAAUCUCUCCUGCUCCUAGCUGUCACCGCCGUACCCUAGAGCUGCCGCCUUGCCGUGCCCUGCCGAGAGUCCACCGCCGACGCCUCAGCCCCCACACCCCCUUCUCCUCUCACGCGCGUCGCCGCCACCGCCGUUCCCGUUCUACCUCAGCGCGACCCUGGUGUCUCCGCUCCCGCACGCCGUUAGUCAUGCUGGACUUUGGUUUUUAAGCUUGGCGUGAUUGUCCACAUUUGGCUUGCGGAUAAAAGGAAUGGAGCACAUGGAAAAUGAGAGCCACGAGGGGAAAAAGCAAGAUGAAGAGGGGCAUCAUAACAAUGAGGUGGUCCGUCUUGAAGAAUACAAGAAGCUUAUUGACGUAAAGACGGCUCUCCGCCACAGUAACCUAAACCCUGAGAGGCCUGAUGCAAGUCACCUGAGAACUCUUGAUUCCAGUAUUAAGCGCAACACAGCAGUUAUCAAGAAGCUCAAAGUGAUAAACGAUGAACAAAAGGAUGGCUUAAUGGAAGAAUUGAAAAGUGUGAAUCUAAGCAAAUUUGUCAGUGAGGCAGUUUCUUACAUUUGUGAGGCCAAACUUCGUUCUGCUGAUAUACAAGCUGCUGUUCAGAUUUGUUCGCUGCUUCAUCAAAGGUACAAGGACUUCUCUCCUUGCCUUAUUCAAGGACUGCUGAAAGCCUUCUUUCCAGGGAAAGCUGGAGAUGAUAUAGAUCCAGAUAAGAACUCAAGGGCCAUGAAGAAAAGAAGCACACUGAAGCUUCUUAUGGAAUUGUAUUUUGUUGGAAUUGUUGAAGAUGCUAGUACUUUCAUAAACAUUAUAAAGGAUCUGACGUUGGUGGAGCAUUUGAAGGACCGUGAAACAACUCAGACAAAUUUGACUCUCCUUGCUAGUUUUGCUCGCCAAGGAAAGCAUUUUCUUGGAUUACAAAAACAUGGGCAAGAAGCUUAUGAUGAGUUUUUUAUGGGCCUCAAUAUUUCCGAUGAUCUGAAGACGUUCUUUAAGAAAUCCUUGAGCUCUUACUAUGAUGCCGCAGUUGCAAUUCUCCAGUCAGAACAUGCGUCUCUUCGUGCAAUGGAGUCUGAAAAUGCAAAGAUUUUAAAUGUGAAAGGGGAACUAAGUGAUGAGAAUACUGCCUUGUAUGAGAAGCUUCGGAAAUCUUUCGAUCAGUUAUUGCGCUGCAUUUCAUCCUUAGCUGAAGCUCUUGAUAUGCAGCCUCCUGUUAUGCCAGAUGAUGGACAUACAACAAGGGUAACUACGGCGUCAGAGUUAUCCCCUUCUGGGAAGCAUUUUUCUGCAGUAGAACCUAUCUGGGAUGAUGAAGACACAAAGGCAUUUUAUGAGUCUUUGCCUGAUCUCAGAGUAUUCGUGCCUGGUGUACUAUUGGGAGAAGCUGAACCAAAGUUGGUAGAUCAACAUGGAAAGGUUCACGAACAAACUGGUGAGCAAAAAUUGGAACAAGGAACUGAAGUUCAAAACAAUGCUGAAGCUCCUGUCCCUGAGCACCAGUUGGAAGGAAAAACAAAUGUUGGAUCCAAGAAUAGCGGAAAAAAAGAUAAAACAGGCAAAGAAAUUUCUAAAGAAAAAGAGGCUGAUCAAAAAGGAGAUAUUGAAAGAGAAAAAGUAAGAGUCACAGAUGGUGCAAGUUUGGACAACCUGCUUCAGAGGCUGCCAAGAUGUGUGAGCCGAGAUCUAAUUGACCAAUUGACGGUAGAGUUUUGCUAUCUGAAUUCUAAAGCAAACAGGAAGAAACUUGCACGAGCUUUAUUCAAUGUUCCAAGGACUUCGUUGGAACUGUUACCUUUCUAUUCCCGUUUAGUUGCCACUUUGUCCACAUGCAUGAAGGAUCUCCCAAGUAUGCUCUUGUCAAUGCUUGAAGAAGAGUUUAACUUUUUGAUGAACAAGAAGGAUCAGAUUAAAAUCGAAACAAAAAUUAGAAAUAUUAGAUUUAUUGGGGAAUUGUGCAAAUUCAAUAUUGCUCCAUCAGGCCUUGUUUUUAGUUGUUUGAAGGCUUGCCUAGAUGAUUUUAGCCAUCAUAACAUUGAUGUGGCCUGCAAUCUUCUUGAGACCUGCGGGCGCUUUCUUUAUCUCUCACAAGGAACUACAGUUCGCAUGUCAAACAUGCUGGAAAUACUGAGGAGGUUGAAAAAUGUGAAGAAUUUGGAUCCACACCACAGCACACUUGUAGAGAACGCCUAUUACUUAUGCAAACCACCAGAAAGAUCUGCCAGAGUCUCUAAAGUCCGGCCACCUCUCCAUCAGUACAUAAGGAAGCUGCUGUUCUCAGAUCUUGAUAAAACAAGUGUUCAGCAUGUUCUUCGUCAGUUACGCAAGUUACCUUGGGCUGAGUGCGAGGAGUACCUGGUGAAAUGUUUUCUCAAGGUUCACAAGGGAAAAUAUAGCCAAGUUCAUCUGAUUGCUCUUCUAACUGCUGGUCUUAGUCACUAUCAUGAUGAUUUUCAUGUGGCUGUGGUAGAUGAGGUUCUAGAAGAGAUUAGAGUUGGACUUGAGCUGAAUGACUAUGCAAUGCAACAGCGACAACUUGCCCACAUGCGAUUCCUUGGGGAGCUAUAUAACUACGAGCAUAUUGAUUCAUCAGUUAUAUUUGACACAUUGUACCUUAUUACUGUAUUUGGUCAUGGAACACUGGAACAAGAUCUGCUUGACCCCCCAGAAGAUUUCUUCAGGAUAAGGAUGAUUGUUACACUUCUCCAGACAUGUGGUCACUAUUUUGAUAGAGGCUCUUCAAAAAGAAAGCUUGACAGAUUUUUGCUACAUUUUCAAAGAUAUAUUCUGAACAAAGGGCCAUUGCCACUUGAUGUUGAGUUUGAUGUGCAGGACAUGUUUGCUGAGCUACGGCCUAACAUGACUAGGUAUUCAUCUCCAGAGCUGUUGGCUUCUGCUCUGGCUGAGCUUGAAGAAAAUGAGAAGACGAAACAAUCUGAAAGUGCUGCUUCUGAUGCCAGCUGCAAGAGCUCAGCAAACAGGCCUGACAAAAAUGGCACGGGCCACGAAGAAGUAGCAGACAGUGAAAGCUAUUCAGGCAGCAGAAGCAUCUAUCGCGAUGGAAGUGAAGAUGGAGAUUCUCUGUACGAAGAAAACUCAGAUGACAGGUCAGGGAAUGGAGUCGUUGAUGACGAUGACGCCAUGCCUUCUGGUUCUGAUGAAGAAGAAAGGGUCCAGGUUAGACAUAAGGUGGUGCAAGUUGACCCUAAGGAGCAAGAAGACUUUGAUCGGGAGCUGAGGGCCCUUCUACAGGUUAGACAUAAGGUGGUGCAAGUUGACCCUAAGGAGCAAGAAGACUUUGAUCGGGAGCUGAGGGCCCUUCUACAGGAAAGCUUGGAGUCGCGUAAGUUGGAGCCACGGGUGAAAUCCACUUUGAAUAUGACUGUACCGAUGAAAAUCGUUGAGGGGUCAAAGGACUCGAGAGCCACUGAAAGAGAGAGUGGAGAAGAGCUUGCAGCUGAGGAAAAUGGUAAUGCUGGGGGCGGUAGUGAGGUCAAGGUGUGCGUCAGGGUGCUUGUGAAGAAAGGGCACAAGCAGCAGACAAGGCAAAUGCUCAUUCCUGGGGACUGCUCACUCGUUCAGAGCACAAAGCAGCAAGAGGCGGCUCUGCUCGAGGAGAAGCAAAACAUCAAGCAGAAAAUCCUUGAAUACAACGAGAGGGAGGAGGAAGAAUUCAACGCAUCAUCAUUCCAAACUGGGUUCUGGGGUCAAGGAGGAAGCAGCGCAGGCGGCAGUAUCGGCUCAGCCGGGCGUGGUUCAUGGGACGGUUCAAACAGAGGCGGUCGCGGCCGGCAGCGGUACUACAUCGCCGGCGGUAUCUACCAUGGCUAUGGCAGGGGAAGGUGACCCACUGCCUUCCGGUGCUAAAAUCACGGUCUAAUUCACCGGAAACCCAAAUGACGAAUGGCAUAACGUAAUUUUGGAAGUGGCCUAGGUGCUGUACUCCGCUGGGCUGGCUAACAGCCCCCAUGUUUACAGUCACGUGUAAGUGGGUUUCGUCUCCGGUAACAGGUUUAGGAGGGCACGGUUUUCCUUUUGAACUGGGUUAGGCGGUUUCUCUUGUACAUAAGAUGUUCUCUCUCAUUGCCCCAGAUGAAUAGCUUUCAGAGUCCGCAAAAGGUCUGCA